AUGCCAGUCUAUGCAAUCAUAGUAGCCAAUUUCUGCAGAAGUUGGACCUUCUACUUGUUAUUGAUAAGUCAGCCUGCUUACUUUGAAGAAGUCUUUGGAUUUCCUAUAAGCAAGGUAUGUUUGUAAAACAGUACAAUAGUUAAUAAAAUAAAGAUUAAACUAGAUCUGUCACAAUUUAGUUUUGAGCAUACUCAAAAAAUUUAAAUUUGUCUAUGUUUUUUAUGUUGUCGUCACUACAUCUGACUCUUUCACCAACUAUUGCCUGAUUUUGCACUAGGUUUUCGAUUCAGUACAAUUGAAUGUUUAGUGUAUAAAUUAGUUUGCUUUUAUUUAUGUAGUUUAGCUAGUGAACAGACGGCUGGGUCCAUCGAUGCAUUGUUACUAACGUUGACCUAUUAUUUUGUUGUAAGGCAAUUUAACUUACGGUACUCCCUUUAUCAUUAAUUUGAUGUGUUCUGUGUCUAGGUGGGUUUACUGUCUGCAGUUCCACAUAUGGUGAUGACAAUUAUAGUUCCUAUCGGAGGGCAACUGGCUGAUUUAUUAAGGAGCAGGAAGAUAUUAUCAACAACAAAUGUACGGAAAAUCAUGAACUGUGGAGGUAAUACCAUUUUAUUAUUGAAACUAUUUAAAGGAACACUAUAGGGUCAGGAAAACAAACAUGUAUUCCUGCCUUCCCUGGCCCUCCCUUGCCCCCUAAAUAUAGUAAAUAUUACUUUUGUUCAAGUCUGCAGCUGCUGGCUCUAGCCCUGAUCUGCCUGCUUGGCUGCCAUCAUCAGAAGUGUUGUUUUGGGCCAAUCACAAUGCUUCCCCAUAGGAUUGACUGAGACUGCGAAUAAGCAGAUUAGGGGCCAAACACACGCCCCUGGCCAAUCAGCCUCUCCUCAUAGAGAUGAAUUGAAUCAAUGCAUCACUAUGAGGAAAGUCCAGUGUCUGUGAACUGUGUCAGUGUGCAGCACAGCCCCAAGAAGAACCUCUAGUAGCCAUCUGAGGAGUGGCCAGUGGAGUUAUCCCUGUGACAUAGUGGUUGGCUUAACACAAUAUGGCCAUAUGUUGGAACCGAAUCCCCAUAUUUAUUUGCUAAGAUAGGUGAUUUUAAGCAGCCUUGUUAAAUGUAAAGCUGUAUUUUUGUUUGUGUGUGUGCUGUUCCUUUAACUGUAUUGUUUUUAGAUCUGUCCACUGCACCUGGCAGUCAUCAUAGAGAAACCAUGACAAAUGAAACAAUGCAUCCAUUUCUCCUCAUUUGCCAUGCUUGUCUGGGAUAUGCCUUGUCUGAACUUGGUUGUGAUAUAAUUUGCUACAGAGCAUUUAAUAAAUAAAAGGUCUCACACAUUAUAGGUGAACUUCAAUGUUUUAUUUAUUGAUGUAAAUUUAAGAACAAUGACAACUUUUCCUAUGAUUUUCAAAUCAAGAAGAAAUAUUAUUUAUUUGAUGUUUUUUUUAUCAAAUAUAGACAAAUUAAUAAAGAAAACAAGAUAACGUAAUUUCAAAUAAAAUAUUAUAUAUAAACAGUACCGACAUGUCAUUUAGAUUGUAAGCUCUGUUGGGCAAGGCCCUCUUCACCCGCUGUUCCCAUGUGUCAUACAUGCUUAGUUAGAAUUAAAUGUUUGUCUUGUUCACCUACUGUACUGCGCUCCAGAACAUGUUGGUGCUAUAUAAAUAAUUGUAAUUGUAAAAAAAAAAAAAAUAUAUGCAAGCUUUUUAAAUAAACAGAAAAACAGAACACUAGAAUAAUUACAUCAUAGAUGAUUCAAAGGCGAUUCAAAAUUAUUAUUUUUUUUAUAGUGAUCCUUAGCUUUCAGUUAAAUUUAUAAUGAAGUGCCAUACGUUAUAAUAUCACAUGAAUGCAGAUUCAUUUCCGUUUUCUACUUAGCAAUGAAAACAGCUGAGUAAAUAGGAUAUCCAUUAAAACAAAAUUGUGGGAGAAAUGAGUCACUCCCAUUGUUAAGAUGUAGAAUGAUUCAACAGUGAAAAUCUCAUGCAGAACGUACUUUUGUAGGAGGACACCAUGGUUUCUGCAAGAUUUAGCUUUGCAGACAUUUUUUUCAACAGGUUGCAGGGAGUUUUUAUGGUUAAAUUAAACAAACACUAUACAGAUAUAAAAAUACUUGUGAGGCCAAUACAUGGAUUUAAACCCAUCUACUUUUUACAAUUUAAUAUACAUACCUUAACCAGUGAUUUGGCUCUGGCUGGAAUUAAAAUAAUUUGGUCAUGGCAAAAUAAAUGUAUGACUAAAUAAAUUCAUACCUGGGCAAAUAAAUACAGAUAAAACAAGGGUCACAAUAAUUGCUUUUCUGUAAUAUUUACCUAUUAAAUACUGUUAUUUGAUAUUCAAUAUGAUAAAUUAAUAGAUACAAAAAAUAGCUCUCUAUUCCUAAUACUUCAAUAACUAAAUCAUCCGUUUAAGGGUUUCUGUAAUGCAUAGCAUGACAGAAUUUUAUUUUAACGUUUAAAUAAUAUAAUGUAUAUUAUUUUAUCCAUUAUUUUUAUUUCAAUUACAUCUACAAAUCUAUAUGGUUAUUAUCCUUUAUCUACUUCAAUGUCCAAAUCAAGUAGAAACAUUUUUAUUUUCAUGUAUUUUGCAUUAUGAAACAUAGUCCAUAAAGUCUCUCUCACCCAUAUUUAUCCUCUAGUUAUGACUACCAGCCUGUAGAGGAAUACAUUUCUCUGCUAGUAACCUCUAGUCACUAAUAUCAUGCCGAUGUAUUUGCUGAAAAGUAACCCCUGUUUUAAAACAGUGCAUAAAGUUUCAAUGGGUCAUAUCAUUCCUACAGUCAGACAAGAUGUAGGAGUGAAUGGACUCUACAUUUUUAAUUGUCAGCAUUAUAAUAUCAGUCCAGGGAUUGAUAAAAAAAAAUGCUAUAGCAGUUUUAAAUAACUUUAUUUUAGAAAUAUAUAUUUUAACUGUAUUUACUGCAUGUAGGCAUCAUGCAAUUUUUAGUAAGCUGCAUUGGGCAAUUUAUGUGUGUAUGCAUGAAAGCAUGAAAGUAUGCUGGCAGCAGAAAACCAAUUGUGGCAUGUUAUCCCCCUCCCCCGUGGAACUUUUUAAACCCCUCCCCCCUCCACCCCAGUUUUGACGGUGGUAUCUUACCUAUAUAUUGUUCCUAGAGUUGCCACUGAUACUAACAUUUCAGAGCAUGUGUGAAAUAUCGCAAGAUUAAGGACACUGUAUGCUUUCCCAAAUAUUUUUAUAAAGAAUGAACAAAUAAGUGAAAAGUAAAAAUUGUGUACAUUUACACAAUUAGAAUUUUUAUGUUUCUCUGCAAAGCAAUCUACACAAAAAAAAAUGUUGUAUUGUGAUAUGUUUAUGCUAGUUAUGCAUCCCUUGCUUCCAAUAAAUGAUAUCCUACAAUUUUUGCAAACAGAAAAUGCUCAGAAGUGAAGGGGUUGAAUAAAAAUUUCACUUCGUAGGAUUUGUAAUAUUAUAUUUACUUAUCCACUAUGUGUGAAAAUAAAAUAGGAUGUAGAAAUAUCCACUACUGUAUCCUGCAACGGGGUGCCUCCAUUUUAGCAACCUGUCACUCAAUGUUAUAAACUUUGUUCUUUGUACCUUGCGGUCAGCAGAGAGAAAGCAUACAGAACAUAUAUAAUAUUCUGUAUGCGUUCUAAUAUUCUAACAUUCUUAGAAUACCAACUGUGGUUCUAUUUCCCCUUCUUAUUUGCAUUGUGUGCCCUGGCUGUGCCAGAACUGAACUGCAAUCUGAUGUCAUUUGCUCAAUUAGUUUGACUUUCUUUUUUCAAUAUUUUUUCAAUUGUGUAGAUUCCAGAGAAGUGACGGGUUGUAUUAUGUUUUAUGGCAGAGUCCAUACAUAUAUAUAUAUAUAUAUUUUAUUGAUAUCUGUUUAUGUUAACUACGAAUAAUGCAUUAAAUCCCAAUUUUUGUUGUGCAGGUUUUGGAAUGGAGGCAACUCUUCUACUGGUGGUUGGCUACUCCCAUACCAAAGCAAUUUCAAUAUCUUUUCUGGUCCUUGCUGUGGGAUUUAGCGGCUUUGCAAUAUCAGGUAAAUACACAGAAUAUUACUGACCAGUUUAUCCUUCUUAAUGUCUAUGUUGCUUUGUUAUACAUCACCUUGGUGUUGCUUGUGUGCAUUAUUUUUUAGUUUGCUUAUCCUGUCUGAUGUGUUUUGUACACGGUUUUAUUGUCUUUAACUGGUUAAAGAACUGAAUAUAAAUGAGACGGAUGGCUUUCUUUACUAGUGUGGUAGCAUGAAAUUUGGUAAAAAUAUUGGGUUUGUCAAUUUCUACCCCUAAUCCUAUCUUAUUUAAAGGCACUACCAUCAAUGCCCUAUUCUAUGUUGGAAUAUAUCUAAUGUGCCAUUGUUAUACAGAUAUUUUUUGUGGAACACUAGCAAUGCCAACGAGCUUAGCUACAGCCUCUAAAGAUUCUCAACCUCUUCGCCGUUACUAAUACUAUACACAGCUGGAAGAGACGAACCUCCAUUGGUCCAGAUAUUUUUAGCUUUGUCUUAGAUUUGUUAUUGCUCCUUUGCUUAUCUUAUAUAUCACAAGGAUGACAAGUUUACGUCCAGGUAGCUAUAUUAAUUGUAGACAUGUGCAUGGCAAAAACUUGGUAAAAUUCCCACUGUCCACCCCAUGGGCAGUGGAUGUGGGCUCAUAAAAGAAUAAGAAAGGAACAUCCAAUUGUUCCCAUCAGCCACCCACCCAUAGGUGGGAGGUAGGUGCUAAAUAAAAAAUAAAGAAGGUUGGUGUACAUUCCAUGGGCUUUGGGUGAGGGUAACAUAAGGAGAAAUGGACAUGCUCUUAUCUGGCCCCUUUCUCCCUCCUCAUGGUAACUAGAGAUCCCAAGCCCCUUACUACUCCCAAAUACAUAAAUGCCUUAUCUACCCAUGCACACUAAUAAAAAUAAGGGGAGACCAAUAAUUCUAACUACUGCAUGUCCCCCUUAUUCUUUUAUUAGCCCCUAAAUCCUUUAGCACGCAGGUGAGGGCUCUUUUUUUUUUUUUUAAAUGGUCACAAGUGUGGGCAGAGACUUCUCCAUUGCCAGAUUUAUUUGUUUCAUAAUAUGUACAUAUAGCGUUCUGGAAUUGGGGAAUUCAGACAAAUCGCAAAAUAACCAAAAUUCUGACAAAUCACAAUUUAUUUGUUUUAAGCCCAAUGCACAAGUGCAAUAAAUUAAAUCCUUACAUCCUUCUCUCUUUAUAUAGGGAUAAAAAUGGGGCAAAGCACAUUCAUGAAACCAAGGUCUCUGUCUAACUAAUGGGCCUUGGGAAGUCGCUUAAGGUCCUCUUAUGGUUAAUCCCGCUCUGGGGAGAUAGUUGGUUUUUAAACAAGAGAGAGAAAAAAGCUCAUUUUUAAAAAGAGGGUUCAUGUUUGUUUUUGUUUGUCCUGCUUAUGAGAAUAUUCUGCCAGAAACAAAACUCAUUAAACUGAAUCCUUAACGCAGAUGAUUUCCUCUGUUUUGUUUUCAAACAUUUAUCAACAUUUCUUUUCACCCCACAUGAUUUCAUUUUAAUUAUUUGUUAUCCCUGAUAGUAAGAAAGAUAAUUUAACACAAUACCAUGUUUAAUUAAAUAUCCUUUUGCACCGCUUCCUUUUUUAAGUCAUUAGAACACUGCAUCUAAUAACAAAAUAGAACACGGGUUUAAUUAACGGGAAGCUGCUAUCCUGAUUAAAUCUGAAAUAUUUAACAUUUUUCUUCAGAGAUGGGAAGAUUUUUUCCCAUUGAUUGUAGUUUGCGUUUUUGAAUUUCUUUUCUUUCAUAGUCAUCUAGAGAUUCUUUAUUUUAAAUACUAGACUCUAGACAGUUGUUGCUAAAAUAAAGUCAUCCCCUAACAAAAUGUUGCUUAUCCACUAUUAUAUCAUCCACUAUUUUAUUAUAUAUUAUCCAUUAUUUUCAUAUUCGUAUAAAGUGAUGUGACGUUCUGAGAAAUAUAAAAAUAUAGAGAUUCUGAAUAUACAAUGAAAAAUAAAUAAAUAAAAUGAUUCUAAAAAUCUUCCUUAGAGAAUAACGCUUCAGUACAUUAAUAGUUUCAAGUGGAACAUAAUCAGGGCUAUACAAUAAACUAUGAAUUCACAAAUAAAUUGAAAACUAGAACCAUUCUAUGUUAGAUUGUCAGCCAAAAAUAAAUGAAAGACAGCUACGUUUUCAGCUUAGCUGUUUUAGUUUAAAAUUUACUUUGAAAUCCACACCAAAAAAAAAUCAAUGUAAUUAAUAUCCAGGUCUAAGAAAUCAUAUACUGGAAACAACAUCCACGUCUUUCUAUUUUCUAGUCUUGUCCAGGGUUUCUCUCUUAAUUAACUUUAAAAAAAAAAAAAGGAAAAUAAUACACAGUUUUAAUUCCCACAAACCACCACUAGAUGGCAACAGUAUAUUUAAUGCCACUGGGUUUGCAAUGCGAGAGUUGAGUAAUGUAUUUGAACAGAUCUGUUAGUUUGUGAACAGACAUGUUUACAUGCAGGUGCGUACCUAGCACAUUUGACACCCGGGAGGAUCCUGUGUUUCGACCUCCCCCAAAACCCUCCCUCCACCCACCAAACUUUAAAAUGUAAAAAAAUAGAUUUAAAAAAAAAAUGUUUUCAAGAAUAUUUAUUGCACAAAUUUGUUUGUUAGAAAGAGUCCACCCAAGCUCCCUUUGGAGACUACAAUGGAGUCUAAUGGGCCCUGGAGAGGGGUCUAUCUAACACUUUGGCCCCCCUCCAACCAUCUGCGUGUAUCUCUGUGCCAAUCUGUGUGUCUCCCCCCCUCUUUAGUGCCCUUCUUUUGCCCCCCUCCCUUACUGUGUCCUUGGUUUCCCUUCUCUCCUCCUGUGCCAUUAUUAGCCCCCUCCCCUCCUGUGCCCUUCUCUGUCCCCUCUCUCCGUGCUCACAGCCCCCGGCUCAGUACGUCACUGUGUACAUGUGCAGUAGUAUGACCAGGUGAUCUCUUGCCCCCCAACAUUUCAUUUAGACAAAAUAGGGUCCCAUUCAUUUGAGGUAGUAUGGCUGGCGCGUCCUAUAGGCCUAUUAAGGACGCUUGUUAAAGGACCACUAUAGUGACCACUCAGGGCCCCCCUGCCGCCGGGCUCUAGGGUGAGGAAGGGGUUAAACUUACCUCUUUCUCCACCAGGUGGGGAGCUCUCCUCCUCCUCUCCGCUUCCUCUCCUCCUCAUCAGCUGAAUGCGGCAAGAGCCGCGCGCGCAUUCAGCCAGUCUCAUAGGAAAGCAUUCACAAUGCUUUCCUAUGGACGCUGGCGUCUUCUCACUGUGAAAAUCACAGUGAGAAGCAUGCAAGCGCCUCUAGUGGCUGUCAAUGAGACCGCCACUAGAGGCUGGAUUAACCCUAUUAUAAACAUAGCAGUUUCUCUGAAACUGCUAUGUUUAUAGAAAAAAGGGUUAAUCCUAGCUGGACCUGGCAGCCAGACCACUUCAUUAAGCUGAAGUGGUCUGGGUGCCUAUAGUGGUCCUUUAAGAGAGGCACCAGGUCAAAAUGUGUGCCGCUGGACAUGGCACCAGGCGCUAGGGUGGACUUACAUAGUUGCCGACAAGCGCCUAGUGCCACCAACCUCAGCCCGCAAAGAUCAGAGAGCUGCCUCCCCCCCUACACACCUCUCAUUUGCUGGCAGCGCACGGGCGCAUCUUGUGAUCGCUCCUGCCCCUUCCCCGGAACUCAGGGUCAAGUGGGCGGGAGGAUAGUGAGUGGCGGAGCUGAGAGGGAGUAAAGGAAGCCAGUCGCUGUCUUCAAUCCUGUGACCCACGGAGUGCUAACGGCAAAUGAAGGCAAGAGGGGGACUUAAUAGUGUGUGUGUGUGUGAUUUAAACAAUGUGUAUGCAUGUCUGUUUGGAUCAGUAUGUGUGUAUGUCUGAUUGGAUCAGUGUGUGUGUAUGUCUGAUUGGAUCAGUGUGUGUGUAUGUCUGAUUGGAUCAGUGUGUGUUUAUGUCUGUUUGGAUUAGUGUGUGUAUGUUUGAUUGGAUCAGUGUGUGUAUGUCUGAUUGGAUCAGUGUGUGUAUGUCUGAUUGGAUCAGUGUGUGUGUGCUUGGAUCCGUGUGUGUGUAUUUCUGAUUGGAUCAAUGUGUGUGUAUGUCCGAUUGGAUCAGUGUGUGUGUGUGUCUGCUCGGGCCAGUGUGUGUGUGUGUGUGUGUAUGUGUUAGUCAGUGUGUGUGUAUCAGACUGCAUCAGUCAGUGUGUGUGUGUCUGCUUGGGCCAGUGUGUGUGUGUGUCUGCUUGGGUCACAGCAUUGUGUGUGCAUUGGUAAAUGAUUAUGAUUGUGUGGACCAUUGAGUGUGAAUGAUCGAAUGAGUGUGUGUGUGCGUAAGUGUGUGUAUGUAUGUAUCAGUUAUUGCAUUUGCAACUAUAGUGUUAGGAAUAUAAACCUGUAUUCCGAACACUAUAGUAUCUCUGUCCCUACAUAAAUUUAAGCCCCCCGCACUGAUUGCCUCCAUAGCUCGCUCAAUGUCACUGAUGGGGCAACGCUGGUCCAAUCCAUUGUUCCUCAUACAGGAGCAUUGGACACCUGAUGCGCAUCAGUGGCAAGCACGAUGCACGUUCAAUGCUUCUCGUAGUUAAACAAGGCAUUAUAGUGGAGGUGUUUCUAGUGGCUUUCAGUGUGUCAGCUACUAGAGGCGUGUUUAACCCUUCAAGGUAAGGCAAUGUUUUUAUCUUAUGGGGUUAAACAUACAGAACCCCUAUGGAGCGAAUGGGGCAGAAAAAUAUUUUUUUGCCUAGGGCGGCAAAAUUCCUUGCACCGGCCCUGGUUGCAUUUAGAAGCAUGGCAACUGCACUGGGAAUGAAGAAGUCUUUCUAGACGACCUAACCAUAUCCUAAUGCUUUUGGGUAAAUCAGUUAGAAUGAUACCAGUAUUAUAAUAUAUAAUUCUCUUUAAAUUAUUUUUAUUAAACACAUACUUAAUUUGCUACAGUGUAAACACACACAGUGAGUGGUAUUGCUGGGGAGUUCUGUUAUUCAUGGGCAGUGAACAUUCUGAGUUCCAAGAAUCAGCUGUUAGGGAACUAUUAAUGAAAUAAAUACUAACUAACCAUGUGCUAAUCUUCACAGAAAAUGAGUACUACAGUAGCAUCCCUUGUGUUUUCUUAAAAGCUGCUGUUUGUGUGGACAAAGUCUAAAAACCUUUGAUUAAGUGGGGAGGCAUGUGUUUAUUUACAGAUCAAUAAUAUAUAUAUUUUUAAAAAAUUACUAUUUGCAUUUUUGUCUUUUGUUCUUCAUCCUGUUUUCCCCUUUUUCUUUGUUACUGGCUGACCACAGACCCCUGAGAAUUCUGGUAACAUAUGUGGGGUAUAUGCUUGCACUCGUUCAAUGUCUUAUUACAGAGAAGCAAAACACAGAGUAGGUUCUCACCGCACAGAGAGCACGCUGCUAUGAGUCUUGUAACAGGCAAGGUUGAAGCAGCACUGAAACCCAUUUAACCCCUUAAGGACACAUGACAUGUGUGACAUGUCAUGAUUCCCUUUUAUUUCAGAAGUUUGGUCCUUAAGGGGUUAAAAAGUCGUAGGUUCUACAACUGUAGAACCGAAACACGCGUCGUGCUAUUUGCCUCCCAAUUUACUUGCACAAUAUAUUCACAUACAUUUUUUUCUCUUACUUUUCUUGCAUCCUACUUGUGUUUAUUGAGAUGUAAAGCGAGAGAGGGCAGUACACUAGGCUGUAGGUUUACACUUCUCUGUCAUUUCUUGUUUAUGGCCUUUAAUGUACUAUAGUCAUAAUACAUUCUCUGCUCAAUCAAGUCUGUAGCUGUUUUCACUAGUAGCCAUAUUGAAGCAGAGGAUCUAAACAUAAUUAUAACUAGUAUACUUUAAUAAGUAUUAGACUCAGAUAGAAUCUUCUUUUGUACAUGUGUAUAUUCUUAGAGUUUUCCAGUGCAAACAUGUCUAAUUGCGUCUUCUGGAUUCUGUCUGCUGCUGAUUGUGUUUGCCUAUACAGUAAGACAUGAUAUUACACCCCAAGCAGUGUACCAGACAGAGCACAUUGUUCCAUGAGGGUAUAUACAUGUAUCUCACAAAAGGACAUUUUUGUAAAUAUUUUAUUAUUUCUUUUCAUGGGACAACACUGAAGAACUGACAACACUGAAGAAAUGACACUCUGCUUCAAUGUAAAGUAGUAAGUGUUCAGCCUGUAUAACAGUGUAAAUUUGCUGUCCCUGAAAAUAACUCAACGCACAGCCAUUAAUGUCUAAACCGUUGGCAACAAAAAUGAGUACACCCCAAAUUGGGCCCAGAGUGUCAAUAUUUUGUGUGGCCACAAUUAUUUUCCAGCACUGCCUUAACCCUCAUGGGCAUGGAGUUCACCAGAGCUUCACAGGUUGCCACUGGAGUCCUCUUCCACUCCUCCAUGAUGAUAUCAUGGAGCUGGUGGAUGUUAGAGACCUUGCGCUCCCCCACCUUCCAUUUGAUGAUGCCCCACAGAUGCUCAAUAGGGUUUAGGUCUGGAGACAUGCUUGGCCAGUCCGUCACCUUUACCUUCGGCUUCUUUAGCAAUGCAGUGGUCCUCUUGGAGGUGUGUUUGGGUCGUUAUCAUGUUGGAAUACUGCCCUGCGGCCCAGUCGCCAAAGGGAGGGGAUCAUGCUCUGCUUCAGUAUGUUACAGUACAUGUUGCCAUUCAUGGUUCCCUCUAUGAACUGUAGCUUCCCAGUGUCGGCUGCACUCAUGCAGGCCCAGACCAUGACACUCCCACCACCAUGCUUUACUGUAGGCAAGACACCCUUGUCUUUGUAUUCUUCACCUGGUUGCCGCCACAUAUGCUUGACUCCAUCUGAACCAAAUGAGUUUAUCUUGGUCUCAUCAGACCACAGGACAUGGUUCCAGUAAUUUAUGUCGUUAGUCUGCUUGUCUUCAGCAAACUCUUUGCGGGCUUUCUUGUGCAUCAUCUUUAGAAGAGGUUUCCUUCUAGGACGACAGCCAUGCAGACCAAUUUGAUGUGGAGUAUGGUCUGAGCACUGACAGACUGGCCCCCCACUCUUUCAACCUCUGCAACAAUGUUGACAGCACUCAUAUGUCUGUUUCCCAAAGACAACCUCUGAUUAUGAUGCUAAGCAUGUGCACUCAACUUCUUUGGUCGACCAUGGCGAGGCCUGUUCUGAGUGAAACCUGUCCUGUGAAACCACUGUAUGGUCUUGCCCAACAUGCUGCAGCUCAGUUUCAGGGUCUUGGCAAUCUUCUUAUAGCCUAGGCUAUCUUUAUGUAGAGCAACAAUUCUUUUUUUAGAUCCUCAGAGAGUUCUUUGCCAUGAGGUGCCAUGUUGAACUUCCAGUGACCAGUAUAAGAGAGUGUGAGAGUGAUAGAACCAAAUUUAACACACCUGCUCCCCAUUCACACAUAAGACCUUGUAACACUAACGAGUCAUAUGACACCAGAGAGGGAAAAUGGCUAAUUGGGCCCAAUUUGGAUACUUCCACUUAGGGGUAUACUCACUUUUGUUGCCAACGGUUUUGACGUUAAUGGCUGUGUGUUGAGUUAUUUUGAGGGGACAGCAAAUUUACACUAUUACACAGGCUGUACACUUACUACUUUACAUUGUAGCAGAGUGUCAUUUCUUCUGUGUUGUCACAUGAAAAGAUAUAAUAAAAUAUUUGCAAAAAUGUGAGGGGUGUACUCACUUUUGUGAGAUACUGUAUAAAGGAUUGUGUUAAUGAUAUAUUUUGCACAUAAAUACUGUGUCCACAAAAUGCUGUCUGUGGGAGAACUGACCACCUAUUCGUCUAUUUUUCCCUUAGUUUGUGUUUUUGACCCUUUUUCCCAUUCUGUUGAUGGUUCCAGAGUGGCUCAGUGAAGGUAUUAGUGGAGGUAACCAGUUGGGUUACCCAUGGUCUGCUACACUGUCCUUUAGGCAAUAGCACAAUCACACGAUACGGCCAAUCAAUCCAACUAACCAACCCCUAGGCAGGUUAGUAGUAUUCAACUGGCACCAUUGUAUCUAUGAAAUACCUGUAAGAGCCCAUGUGAGCAGAGAGCAUGAAUGUCUUGCUUAGCUCCCAGGAUUUACUCUCAAAACCUAACCCUUUUGUUAGCUAUUGUGUAAGGGCGCAUUGCUCGUUAGGAGUGGAAUGGCACACAGGGCCAUUUCCUGGGAGCCUGCGCUAUGUAUCAUGUCCUUCAAGGAUUUUGGAAGUGGCUGUAGCCAGGGUAAGUUAAUACAGAGUUUAAGACAUUCAUAAUCAUAGCACAUGCUAGAGUCACAGGAAAUAGUGUGUAUGUGUCUCUUAGCAUGCCCACAUUUUUUAUACUAUUCAUGUCAUGGAUGGGGGUACUGGGGUAUAUAAUGCUACAUACAUAGUACUCCUGACUCCAUUGUUGGGUCUGCACCAAUCACACUACACGCAGAAAAGUAAUUAGCAUAAGGUAUUGCCCUAUAGUUCAAAUGAUCCAUUCUGUUAAAAUAUAGUGAUAAACUCAGUUUAUGAUUUAUCCUCUCACAUUCUCCUCUAAACAAUUUCUUAGAACAAGCCAGUAGCUACUUUGUACUCUGGUUACGGUUUGUUAAUCCCAAUAUAUGUCACCAUAACAAUCUAGAGUUUAGACUCCCACGUGCAACAUCCUACUCACCAUUAUCAAGGUUUUACAGUGAUGCUGAAGGUAAAUAAGGACAUUUCAUGCUGUCUGACUGUUACUGGUCUUAAAGAGGUUAAAAUUUAAUGGCAGCUCAACUGAAAUUUGUUCUCAAAGGCUUGGAUAGAUAAGAAUUCUGAACUUCACCCCAUGGAGAACAUCCAAGAGCAGAAAUGUCAAAAUAUGGAUUUAUAUAAUUUGGCAUCUACAUGAAUCACAACAAUUAAAUUACUAAGAGAGUAAUACAUGAUACAAUUAGGAUUUGCUUCUGAAUAAACAAUGAGAUAUGGUCAGAAACAAGUUAAAAUUGUGAUAUUGUUCUUAAUUCCAAAUAGAUUGUUAGUUUAGAACAAUCAAUUGAAUUUAUGUAAAGAAAAUAUAAUUGUAUAACUAUUCAUAUUUAUUAAUUUUGUGUUUCUAGUUAUUAUUUAUUUAUAAUUUUAAUUCUAUUUAUUUUACGGGGAAGCGAGUUUGCUAUGUUUCACCCCUUGUAACUACAUAACUACCAAGUCAUUUUUACAGAUUUACAUACUGUUGGUAUACAUGGUGGCAGCUUAUAUAAAUCCAUCCAUAGGAGGUUUAAUCUAGGGCAAAAAAAUGUUUUUUUUACAGUAAGAACUAUAAGGAUGUGGAAUUCUCUGCCUGAAGAGGUGGUUUUAUCAGAGUCCAUACAGAUGUUCAAACUGCAAUUGGAUAAAUACUUGCAAAAACAUAACAUACAGGGAUAUAAUUUCUAAUUAGUGGGGUUAUAGAUGCUUGAUCCAAGGAGAUAUCUGACUGCUAUUUUGGGGUCAAGAAGGAAUUUUUUCCUAGUUUGUUGCAAAUUUGAAAGUGCUUCAGACUGGGUUUUCUGCCUUCUUUUGGAUCACCAGCAAAAACAUUUGUGAGGAAGGCUGAACUUGAUGGACGCAAGUCUCUUUUCAGCUAUGUAACUAUGUAACCUCUGCAAGAAAUAACAUUGGGGAUGCAUGCGCUUGGUAUGUUGGUAACAUUUUCUUUGGACACUGGUUAGAACCUGACAUUGGCAACCAAAAUAAAAUCAGAAUAUAAUGUAUGAACCUUGUCUUCUAUUUCUGUGAGUGUUAGUGACUCCUGACCACCAAGUGACUCUCUUUAGGACCCAGGUGCCUCUGCCCUUGUAUCUAGUAUCCAUAUUUCCUAGAUGUGUAGAAUGUUGGGUAUACAUCAAUGUGUAACCAAGCUUCACGGCAUAAAAAUGUAUGCGUCAAAAGGGUUGGAUUCUGCCAGGAUGGAUAAUGAGUGUAAACAUUUUGUAAUGGCUUCAUUUGAAAGGCAAAAUGCAACCACCAAUCCAAGUAUAGAAGAAUAGCUAUAUUAUCAUUAAAUUGUUUUAUAUACAAGAAAAAAAAACCAUAAUUAUCUAGUUUUAGAUAUGAUGGAGAAAAUAACCGUAUAUAUUAUUAUAAAUAUUCAAAUUUUGGCUCUGUGACAAUAAAGUGAUGGUAAGUAGUGUGAUGGUGUUUUUGGACAUUAGUGAACAGUUUUGCUUUUUUUCUAAUUUCAUUUUUUCUUGAGUAAAAGGAAAGGGUAACACAUCCAAUUAAACAGGUGCACAGUUUUCAGUUAUAUAAAGCAGAAAUACUUAAAAAGUUAUCCCAAAAGGUAAACUACAGCUAAUCAUAAACAAUAAGACCCUCACAUAGAAGAGAAUUAUAUCCCCUCUCUCGCAAAAGAAAGUUUUUUUGUUUUUUAGAUCAAAACUAAGAGGCAUACACCAAAAAAACACUAGCCAGAUUAAAGUAUAAACUUACAAACACAAAAAGAAAAACAAAACAAACUAUAUUAAUAAUGAAUAACCACAAAAAGACUUUAACUCAAUGCUAGGAUACAAACAACACCGAUACAAAUUAAAGAGUUGAGAACAAAUAUCAAGAGAAAGCUAAGAAAGGUGAAGGGAAAGAGUAAGCAAAGAAAGUAAAUCAAAGAAAAAUGAGCAAUAUAAGCAAAUAGAGUAGUAAAAAAAAUAGGUAAACAGCGAGAGUGAAGAAAAAAUAAAAAACAUGGAAAAAUUUUUUUUUAUCAAUAACAUGAUUCAUUAAAAAUAUAUCUUGUCUUGUAGGUUUCAAUGUCAAUCAUCUAGACAUUGCACCACGGUAUGCCAGUAUUCUCAUGGGAAUAUCUAAUGGUGUUGGUACCUUAUCCGGAAUGGUAUGCCCACUCAUUGUUGGGGCAAUGACGAGGCACAAGGUAAAAGAUCCAUAUCUAUCAAUCCAUCUUUUUAGUAAGCCACAUUGCCAAGGAAGUGGUAAAGUAAUGCACAAGAGAGUUAUACAUGGAGUACAUGUUACUUAACUAGUAAUAUAGGCAGUGUAUGUAUUCAAUUAAAAAAAGUAAGAAAAAAAUUGCCUGUAAACGGGAGAAGAAAGGGAUUUGUUGCCAUCAUAUGGACGAGGGUAAGCAAUAGUGAGAUGAGAACAGAAAGAGACAAAACACAAAAAUUAUAAUUUACUGGUAUUUUUUGCAUUCAUGUAAAUAGUAGAAUAGAAUGGACCAAAUGGCACUGGAUGGUAUAAAAUGCAAUAUUUAUAAAUUGCAUUUUUCACAUCAUGGGUCCCAUAUCAUAGGCGCCAAGCUGGUCUGAAUUUGGUACAGAUUUCAGCCGUAUAAAAUGCCACCAAACCCCUGAAAUCAGGCCCAAAUGAGUUAAAGUCUGGAGACUUGGCUGUCAGAGCACUGUGAUUGUCAUAUUAUAUUAUAUUGUCAUAUAGGGGUCUUAUUAACCCAGCAGGCAUAUAGUACUUAAAAUUAUCUUUCGCUUGCAUAAAAGCAAGUGAACAUCAAUUUGCGAAUGCGCAUCCUGCUAGAUACAUUCUGUCCCUAUUCAGUUUCAAAUUGAUGCUUUGUGAUCUUCUAAACCAGGGCUGCCCAACAGUUAGAUCCCCAGAUGUUGUAGAACUACAACUCCCAUGAUGCUUUGUCAUUCUAACAGAAUUCCAAAGGCAUGUAAAGUAUCAUGGGAGUUGUAGUUCUACAACAUCUGGGGAUCUACCUGUUGAGCAGCCCUGUCUAAACCUAUACUUUACAUAGGAUUCAGAUGGCAAAGCACAAAUUUUAAUCCGAACACCAUAUGCAUUCGGCAAUUUCUGCAGAUCGGCUUUGGGAGACAGAAUUCCGACUGCAUUUGGCUUUAGUAAAUAUGAGAAUCGCCAUUAUGUUUGUAGUUUGGUAAUUUUCACUGGAUUUUUGUCCAGAUUAACAAAAUCCAGUGAAAAUUGUAGAAUUCUGACCGCAAUCAACAGAUGAACAGUUUACUGAAUGACAUUUUUGUUUACAAAAAACUCCAUAUCUCACUUGACAGAGUUAAACAUCAAUAGGCUGUUUUUAAAACAUAAUUUAAAUUAUUGCUCUUGAAAAAAUGUCUAGUUGCACGCGAUCUUCCCAUUGUAAUUUAUAUACCAUUGAUUCAUUCUAGUCUCGUGAAGAAUGGCAAAAUGUGUUUCUGAUUGCUGCCAUAGUCCAUUACAGCGGAGUUAUAUUUUAUGGCAUUUUUGCCUCGGGAGAAAAGCAGGACUGGGCUGAUCCAGAGAAUCUUAGUGAAGAUAAAUGUGGAAUCAUUGAAAAUGAUGAACUUGCAGAAGAAACUGAAUUAAAUAACGAAUCCUUCACUAGCUCAAAUAAAAAGACAAGCUAUGGCGCUACUAUUCAGAACACCGAGGUACGAAAGAAAGGCUGGAGGAAGCAAAAAGGAACGACACAGGACUUCGAUGAACAGACUUCCUACCAAUACGAAAAUGGAAAUUUUCAAGAUUUGUCCUAACUGUUGUAUGGCAG